AUGGCUCAACCAACCACCUCAAACCUGGUCGGUGGAACAAGAACCGAGCACUUGGCAACCUGGGCCGCCAAUCUCAGAUUCACUGAUCUCCCAGAAGAUGUGAUCCAGAAAACCAAAGACUUCUUCGUGGACUGGCUGGGGUGUACUAUCGCAGGCCGUCAUCACCCAGCCGUUACGGCCAUCGCAAAAUUUGCGUCGCAUAUGGGUCCUUCCAGUGGGAAGAGUGAAUUGGUUGAUGGCUCGUUGAAGUUCACUACGAGUCCCGCUUUUGCUAGUUUGUUAAACGGUGCAUCAUCUCAUGUCGUGGAGCAGGAUGAUCUUCAUAACCGGAGUAUCAUGCAUCCUGCAACCGUAAUAUAUCCAGCCGCCCUGGCUGUAGCGCAAGAUGUAGGUGCCACUGGUGAAGAAUUUAUUGCAGCUUGUGUCGUCGGCUAUGAAGUGGGUUGUCGUGUAGGAGAGUUCCUAGGCAAAAGUCACUAUGAGCGCUUCCAUUCUACUGCAACUGGCGGAGUCAUCGGAGUGGCAGCUUCGACAGCACGUCUCUUGAAACUUGACGCCGCUCAAACUUUGUCUGCCAUUGGCACGGCUGGUACUCAGGCAGCUGGUCUAUGGCAAUUCUUAAUGGACGCAACACACUCAAAACAAGUGCAUACCGGCAAAGCCUGCUUCGAUGGAAUCUUCGCUGCAUAUACUGCUCGUGAUGGACUCCUCGGCACCAAGGACAUCCUCGAGGGACCGCGCGCAAUGGGCGUUGCAUUAGUUCCAGGCACCACAAAACCCGAGGCAAUUGAUCAAAAUCUCGGUACCGACUAUGAAAUUCUCCGAUCUAGCUUCAAAUGGCACGCAUCGUGUCGGCAUACCCAUCCCAGCGCCGAUGCACUAUUGAAACUCAUGAAGAAGAACGAUGUUACUUUUGCGGAUAUUGAGUCUGUAAUCUCCCGUACUUACCAGGCCGCCAUCAAUGUACUCGGUAUGACCGGAAGAGGGGAAACAGUUCAUCAAAGCAAAUUCUCAAUGGGAUUUGUUCUCGCCGUUAUCGCUAAAAAGGGCCAGGCUAUGAUUACUGAUUUUACGGAAGAUGAUUUGGAGGAUUCUGAGCUAAGGGAGUUCCAGGAGCGUGUGAGGAUGGAGUUAGAUCCGGAUAUUGAUCGAGUUUUCCCUGAGAAGUGGCAGGGAACUGUUAUUGUGACAACAAAGGCUGGGAAGACGUUCACUGAGUCGGUUGAGUUUGCGAAAGGAGAUCCGGAACUCCCAUUGACAAGGGACGAAAUCGAGAGAAAAGCGCAUACUCUUGCUGCUUACAGUGGGUUCACAGACACUGGCAAGGUCAACCAGCUGAUUGAAAGAGCAUGGAAUUUGGAAAAAGAGAAGAAUAUGAAUGGCUUCGUUUUCUGA